AUGGGGGGAGGUCCGGAGGGGAAGCCUGAUGGGCGGGCGGGCUGUGUCCUGAAGGCAGCGGAGCAGGGACUUGGUGUGCAGGGGGAGCAGCGGGAGAGGGAUGAGUUUGACAUCCUCAAGUCUCCCCUGAUCAUCUUCGUGAUGGGUGGCCCAGGUUGUGGCAAAGGGACACAAUGCAAGAACAUGGCGACCAAAUACGGCUUCCGCCACGUGGGGCUGGGCCAGCUGCUGCGGCAGGAGGCCCGACGCAGCACCCAGCGGGGCCGGAAGAUCUAUGACAUCAUGCUGCAGGGGCUCCUGGUGCCCACGGGCAUCAUCCUAGACCUGAUCAGCAGCACCAUGCUGUCUCACCCAGAGAGCCGAGGCUUCCUCAUUGACGGCUUCCCGCGGGGGCUGAAGCAGGCCAAGGAGUUUGAGCGCCUUGUGAGUGACCCCAGGGUGUGCAAGCGUGCGGUGGGCCGGGCCCCAGACAUCGUCAUCGUGUUUGAUUGCUCCAUGGAUACAAUGGUCCGAAGAGUGCUGCACCGGGGCCGGGUGGAGCACAGGGCAGAUGACUGUGAGUCGGCCAUCCGCCAGCGCCUGGAGACCUACUACAUGCUGCGUGAGCCAGUCCUGACCUUCUAUCAGCAGAAGAACCUGCUCUGUAAUAUCUUGGCAGAAGAAGCUCCAGAAAACAUUUUUGCCAAGUGCUGCUCUGUCGUUGAAAGCCUGCAGUGA